UCACCAGUUGCGGAAAUGGAAGGUCCAAGAUGGCCGCGGAUCUCCAGAAAUUCCUCUUCAAAUCCAAGUUUUUGAGGAAAUGGGAGCGUGGUUGGGUGUUAGUGAUAGUGGUAGUGGUGUUAGGUUACGCGGUGGUGAUGACAGAGGGACAGGAGUGCAGCUCAGGGUGCGAGCAUGGCAGGUGUGUGGACAGCAAGUGUGUGUGUGACCCAGGCUGGAAGGGUCCGCUAUGUCACUGGUGUGAAGGAAGGGUCAGAUUAUGGUCCAAUUCUAGUGUGAUAACGGAUGGGUCAGGGAACUAUUCCACUGAUACACAAUGUACGUGGUUGAUUGAUGCGGGCCGGCCCAAUACCUCCAUCCGUCUUCAUUUUGACCAUUUUGCCACGGAAUGUUCGUGGGACCAUUUAUAUGUCUUUGAUGGUGACAGUAUUUAUGACCCUCUCCUAGCUGUUUUCAGUGGCAUGGUGGUCCAAGAUGAUUACCGUGUGCCACACAUACCAGAAGUGGUAGCCAGAUCAGGCUACGCACUCCUCUACUUUUACUCUGACGCAGCAUACAACCUUACAGGAUUCUCAAUAUCUUAUAGAGUGGAUGGGUGCCCCAGUACUGUGGCUGGGGACGAAUGUUCGGGCCGAGGUGCGUGCUUGGAGGGGUUCUGUACGUGUGAUGCCGGCUGGGGUGGUCCCGCUUGCUCGGUCCCGGUGUGUCCCGAGGGCUGUUCAGGCAAUGGUCUGUGUAACCCCGAAGAACACCGCUGCCAAUGCCAUCCUGGCUACACAGGUGCAGACUGCAGCCAGGUGAUCGAAGAGGGAUGGUGGGAGGUGUUGGGACAUGACAUCACCAGCCACGUGACCACUCCUGACCCCGUUGCUGUGUUGUUAGAGAGGUCGUCACAUGCUACUGUUCUUAUUGACAGUGCAAUAUGGGUUAUUGGAGGCUACUCGUUUACUGAGCGGCCAUUUCUUCUGAGGUAUAAUAUCACAGAUGAUGAAUGGAUGCCUAUAGUUAGUACAAGCAUAAGGAAGCCAGGACCCAGAUAUGGUCACACUGCCGUUGUUUACAAUGGUUCUAUAUAUGUGUAUGGAGGAAUGAAGGACGAUGGGAGUAUAACACGAGAAUUGUGGCGUUUGGACACUGAAUCGCGCAAGUGGUCUUUAUUGCCUUCCGAACGAGGAGCCAAAAUUGGCGGACGUAGCAGGACAGGAAGAAGAGGUAGACUUAAUAGACGUGAGAGAAAUAGACGUACCAAUCGCAGUGGGAAGAGUAGAGAGGACAAAGAGGUCAAUAUUACUAAUCGUAAAGAUUUGGAAGAGGAGGAACACGCUGAAGAUCAGAGUAUUGAAGAUGAAGAACCCAUAAAUAAGAGCGAGAUUGGAGGGUGUGCAUCUGCUGGCCCGUGUGCACCAGUUCCUUGUGUCGGUCAUGCAGCUGUGGUGGUGCAAAAAGCAAAGAAACAAGUCAUGCUUGUUAUUUUUGGACAUUCAUCCAAAUACGGCUAUUUGAAUACUAUCCAGGAGUAUGAUUUUGAACAAGGCAGCUGGGUGACUGUGGAAACACGAGGUGCUGUGGUGAAGGGUGUGUAUGGACACACUGCACUCUGGGACCCUGUGACCGCUCUUGUCUAUGUUCACGGGGGUCUCCUUUCUAUCGUAUCGACCAGUCAUGUUGUCCCGUACCUAAUGACUUAUGAUCCCAUGAAACAAAAGUGGAAACUGCGAAGUCCAGCACCAGUGCCCCGGUUCUUGCAUUCUGCCGUCCUAGUUGAAGGGUUGAUGCUGGUGUUUGGAGGAAACACACACAAUGAUUCUGCCUUUUCUUACGGUGCCAAAUGCUACAGUGCCGACUUCUUGGCAUAUGAUAUAGUUUGUAAUUCCUGGCACUCGUUAAGCAAGCCCCCAAACUUGUACGUAGAUGUGGCACGAUAUGGUCAUUCAGCAAUAUUACACGAGGGGGAAAUGUACAUAGUUGGGGGUUUUAAUGGCAAGAUGCUAGGAUCAAUUCUUCGUUAUCAUCCAGGAGUUUGUAAGCGACUGACUUCCAGCGACAAGUGCUUACACGCUUACCCCGGCCGCAAGUGUUUCUGGAAUAGGAUUUUGACCCGAUGUGAACCUAAUAAUAAUAACGACAAAAAUGCAUACGAUGUAUGUCCAACAGUUACACCAAAGCUUAAUUUUACUGCUCUCUGCAAUGAGCAAAAUUCUUGUCGGUCGUGUGUGUCUAACACGUACGGCUGUGUGUGGUGCGGCAACAUUUGCACCCAUAACAAGUGUGUGGAGUACACCAAGCCUGAGGGUGUGAUGAGUUUGAGUAAUGGCCUCAUAAAUAAAGAGGUUCCCAGGCCUACUAAGGUGGUGGGUGUGGCGAGCGGAGAGGGGUGUGAGGACACCUUACGGUCUCGCUGCAAGUCCCUCAACACCUGCCUGCUGUGUCGUGCUCACCACCACUGCGACUGGGUGGAACAAGUGUGUGUUGCUGCACCGAACAGAACAUCAACUGGUGGGGCCACGGGAGAGGCAGGACCUAGCUUAACACUAAAAGAUAUUCCCACCACUCCAUCUAUUGACCAUGAUCACCGGACACCCAUGAACGGUGGUACCCGCAGUGCACUGCCUAAUCACAGACCGUGUGAGCUCACGUGUGCAGAGAGAUUAUCUUGUUCCAACUGCACUGAAACCAAGGGCUCGUGUAUGUGGUGCUUCAACCAACAGCGAUGUGUUAACAACAAUUCAUAUUUGGUGAGCUUCCCGUAUGGACAGUGCAGAGAGUGGACAACAGAGGCCAAGAGGUGUCCGGAUGUGGAGUCAGGUGUGAGUCGAUGCAGCAUUCACCAGACGUGCAAGGAGUGCCAGGCAGAUGUGGCAUGUGGCUGGUGUGACGAUGGCAGUGGCACAGGCAUUGGCACUUGCAUAGAGGGAGGACAGCGUGGGCCCAUCAAUCCAGUCACGGGAGUUAUGCAGAAGAGCAAAUGUCCCAAAUUAAAUUGGUUCUUUACAGACUGUCCUUUGUGUAAUUGUAAUGGACACAGUAGGUGUGAAAAUGACAGUCUGUGCAUAUUACCCUGUUCCAAUAAUACUGCUGGAUCGCACUGCCAUCAUUGCAUUGAAAAGUUUUUUGGAAAACCCAUCAAUGGUGGCCUUUGCAAACCAUGCAUGUGCAAUGAACACGGUGAUACAUGCAACAGGGAGAGUGGUCGCUGCAAUUGCCACACCAAGGGUGUGACUGGUGACCACUGUGAGCGCUGUGACACGCAGAACAACUACGUGGGGGAGCCGCUUCAGGGAUCAUGCUUCUACGACCUUCAGAUUGACUAUCAGUUUACAUUUAACCUCUCGAAGCAUGAAGACCGUCACAUACGGCAGAUCAACUUCUUCAAUGUUCCCACAAAGAGUGAUGUAGACACAGAUUUUGACAUAUACUGUUCUAAAGCAACAAAAAUCAAGAUAUCAGCAAAAACAACUCGGAGUCACGAGUCUUGGAUAAUUCGUAACUUCACCGGCACACGAAUUAAGCGGAGAUUCAGCGCUUCAGAGUACACGUUUGGUUCUGCUGACAACAACACCACCUUCCAUGUUUAUGUCUACAACUUCACACCACCUAUAGAAAUUGUUGUCUCUUUCUCACAACAUCCUAAACUGGAUUUAAUUCAGUUUUUUUCUAUAUUUUCUUUGUGUUUUUUAGUGUUGUUAACAUUGGCUGCAAUAUUGUGGAAAAUAAAACAAAAAUAUGACAUCUAUACCAGGAGACAGCGUCUUCUGGUUGAGAUGGAGGCUAUGGCAUCUCGGCCAUUCCGCCCUAUUCUUCUGGAACUGUAUCCAAGGGGCGUGGCUGCCGAGGCGUUAGAAACUAGUGACACAACUCCUGCAACAACUUCUUCCAUAACCAGCACCACCAUAACUACAACACUCACCAACAACUGCUGUGUCACAGGAACUAACGGGGCCAUGCCAAAUGCCACUGCCAUUCCUUAUCUUGCUUCCAAUGCCAUCACAAAGGCUUCAAGCAAAGAUAAUACCAAAUCUUGUAAUAAUAGUGCCAAUAAAGUCAUCCCAAAUGGAACAUCACCAGAUAGUCUGUCCUCUGACCUCUUGGACAGCCUUGGCACACUCAAAGUUAAAAAAAAGGUUAAUCCUAGCCCCAUUGCCCUGGAGCCCUGUUGUGGGAACCGUGCCGCCGUCCUCUCCCUCCUGGUGCAGCUGCCAACUGGUGGAGAACCUUAUACUCCCAUAGGUCACCCAGGUGGUUUAGCCAUUGCCAGCACUCUUGUGACCCUUGGUAACCCACGUAAGUGUAGUAGUGACCCCAUAACACAUGUCAAGGGCGAUGUGAACAAAAAUAAAACAGCAAGAGGAAAGCAGCCAUAUUCCAGCCAUUCUCCCGACACAUGUAUUUAACACCUGCCUUGCCACCCUCCGCCAGUAUAUACACAUUACUGAACACUAGACCUUGUAGUGUUGCUGGUUAUUAGUCAUUUUCCACCAAUAUUCUUGAUUUAUAAUAUGCAACAGAUCCAUGGAAAGGCUUGCUUCCCAGACUCUUAACUUUAUUUAUAUGGAUGGUAGUUGGACAGAUAUAUAGUCAGCUUUAUAUUGGAUAUUCAGGAGAUUGCUAAGUUUUAUUGGCAACUCUUGUAAGUACAGCAGGCAUGUACUUUGUUUUCUCUGUUUUCACUUAGUCUUAUGCUAAACUUUGAGUUUAACUUAUUCACAAAUCAUUACACAAUGUAAAUUGUCUCUGAAUUCAAAUGUUAUUUCAAAUUUAUUAAAACAAAAAACACUGUUAUGAGUUGAAUCAGUUUGUCUACAUUAUUGUUGCCUUGGUUCCAUCUGGGGAUUUCCCAGCCAUGAGGAUGGCAGCUAGAGGUCGUGUACUGUCUCGGCAGGACGGUGAAGCGUGUUCUUUCUCCAGCCUUCAGUGGGGGAGGCAGAAGAGCAAGUGUCACUGCAUUGGAAAUGCAGAGAAAAGUACUAGCAGUGGGAAAUUAGCUAAUGUUCUUUACUUUCUAUUUCCUCGAUGGUAUUGUUUUCAUGGGAUUGUAUCAAUCCAAGCGUUACUUUUACCCAUGUAAAUUGUUUGUUUGGUUCACUCUAAUGGGAUUAGUAUUGCCACAUUCUUUGACAUACGGUAGUUUGCCCGCUUAGUUUUCCUCAUCAACUAAUAAAGUCAUUUAAAAAUAUAAAUUAAUAUAUAUACUUAUAUAUAUAUAUAUAUAAAAUUGAAAAUGGCAAAUCCAGUAACAGACAACACACAAUUUGAAUACCCUGAUUUCUGCUGGUUGUGCAUUGCUGCUGUAUGUUCAUUCCCCCCAUAAAAAGGUAUGUCUUGUUGAUUCAUGUGUAUUAGUAUAAGGAGUAUAUGUUGUUACUAAGUGUGUGUGUGUGUGUGUGUGUGCGCGCGCGCAGGAGUGCCUGGAACAUAUGCAGAUGCAUCACGUGUACGUGUAUCUCUGAAUAAAUUAUGGAUGUAGUUGCUUUGUGUGUCAUUUAAAGGGUUUACACAGUCAUUUCAUGUGUGUGUAUGUGUGCGUGUUAUUUAGAAGGAUGUGUACGUGAUUUGUGUUGCAUCACUAAGACCAGUGCAAUGUGUUGCGUGAUGUGCAUACCAGCAUACAGGGUCUUGUUACUAUUGGAGUGGUGGCAGUUUUCCAUACCAGUAGGUGCUAAGGUGUCUCAUUUUCUUGUUGUCAUUCAAUUGAUUUGGUUUGUGAUCUUUGAGAUUGUAAACAGGUGUUUUAUUGAACUGGUAGAAAUACUUUUUGUCAUUAAUUAUUGUGGAAACUUUUUGUAAGUAUGAGUGAUUGCUGUAUUCAUAUGUAAGUGUUCUGUAUUUGAUGAUGAUGCUGUGUGUGUCAUAUUUAUACAUGUUGGCUUAAGGGUCCUAGAGAAGAGUAUGCAAAACUAUCAGAUCAAGUUUCACAGUACGAUAUAGUAUUGAUAUUGAUAUAUGAUACUUGAAGGACUGUCUGGUAUGCCUUUGAGUGUUGGCUCUAGUGGUUCUGAUGGACGUGAACCUGACGAAUUGAGCUCCUUUAUACAAGUGUUAAAAUGAGUUUAUGGUAAUCAGGACUGAUAUAAUUAGCUGGUAAUAGGGAUUCAUAAUAUCUGAGGAUGAAUGAUAUAUAAAUUAAAAGAUCUGUAUGAUUAUAUUUUAUCAUAACUUAAAAAGAUAUUUAAUACUUCCAUUGUCGGUGUGUCCAAAUAAUUUAUAGUUGACAUAUGUGUAUGUAUGUAUGUGUGCGAGAUAUAUAUUAGUGUGUGUGUGUAGAUAUUUUUACGAGGUCAUUAUCGAAGGAGACAGCAUAUAUAUCAAACGGUGUUUCUGCAGUAGGCACUCAUUCCAUGGUAGUCAGUUAUGAAGGUCUCAAGCAGUUGUAUUUUAGUGAUGCUUCUGAAUCGCUUUCAAGAUCACACAACAAGCGUUCAUCAUUAUUAAGUAUAUAUUUUAGUGAUGCAUGAAGGAAAGAUCUAGAAAAUCAAAUCAAAUACCUAUUAUUUACAGGUAUUGCGUAUGCAAUGGCCAACAUUCAAAGCAGGAUUGUGCAAUAUGUAUUGUAGUUUCAAAGUUUUUAUUGAAUAUGUUUUAGGCAUGGUAUGAUGUGGUUCCUGUUGAUAAAAUGUAAUAUAACAUUAGAGUAAAAAUGUGUAGAUUUGAUGCCUAUCUCUUUCAAAAGUAGUGUGCUAUUGGGAACUUUUCCACCAGGUAUACUACUGAUAAAAUAAAAUUAUUCAUGAUUUUUCUAGACAUUAGUGUUACAGGUCUUGUAUAAGUUUCAGAAGGUUAUUUGAAUAGAAGUCCAUGUAGGAGAGCUGCCUACAGUUUGAUAGUAUAAAGUUAUACCUAAUAUAAAUUUAGUGUGUGCAUGAAAAUUUGUGACGGUAAAUGUGUGUUAGGAACACAGCCGAUAGUUGUGCAGUGAGGGGUACAUUAGGAAUGUGUGAUGGUGUGUGUGUUAGGAAAACAGCCGAUAGUUGUGCAGUGAGGGAUACAUUAGGAAUGUGUGAUGGUGUGUGUGUGUGUGUUAGGAGCACAGCCGAUAGUUGUGCAGUGAGGGGUACACUAGGAAUGUGUGAUGGUGUGUGUGUAUGUUAGGAGCACAGCCGAUAGUUGUGCAGUGAGGGGUACACUAGGAAUGUGUGAUGGUGUGUGUGUAUGUUAGGAGCACAGCUGAUAGUUGUGCAGUGAGGGGUACACUAGGAAUGUGUGAUGGUGUGUGUGUAUGUUAGGAGCACAGCUGAUAGUUGUGCAGUGAGGGGUACACUAGGAAUGUGUGAUGGUGUGUGUGUAUGUUAGGAGCACAGCUGAUAGUUGUGCAGUGAGGGGUACACUAGGAAUGUGUGAUGGUGUGUGUGUAUGUUAGGAGCACAGCUGAUAGUUGUGCAGUGAGGGGUACACUAGGAAUGUGUGAUGGUGUGUGUGUAUGUUAGGAGCACAGCUGAUAGUUGUGCAGUGAGGGGUACACUAGGAAUGUGUGAUGGUGUGUGUGUAUGUUAGGAGCACAGCUGAUAGUUGUGCAGUGAGGGGUACACUAGGAAUGUGUGAUGGUGUGUGUGUAUGUUAGGAGCACAGCUGAUAGUUGUGCAGUGAGGGGUACACUAGGAAUGUGUGAUGGUGUGUGUGUGUAUGUUAGGAGCACAGCCGUAGUUGUGCAGUGAGGGGUACACUAGGAAUGUGUGAUGGUGUGUGUGUGUAUGUUAGGAGCACAGCCGGUAGUUGUGCAGUGAGGGGUACACUAGGAAUGUGUGAUGGUGUGUGUGUGUAUGUUAGGAGCACAGCCGGUAGUUGUGCAGUGAGGGGUACACUAGGAAUGUGUGAUGGUGUGUGUGUGUAUGUUAGGAGCACAGCCGGUAGUUGUGCAGUGAGGGGUACACUAGGAAUGCAGUUGUCACUCUUGUAAAUAAUGUCUGUUAUUUUAUUAUGCUUUCUUCUUUCUGUUUGAGGCUAUAUUUAGCCUAUUGUAUUAUCCAAUUUUAUGUAUGGACAAUAGACUUUAAUGCCUAUGCAUUUGGUUGCAGGGCAUUUUUUUAUCAUGGCUAAAUUUUAUAUUCUAUUUUCUUAGAUCUUAAAAGCUGCCUUGAUAGAUGUGGAUUUCAUUUCAUAUGGCUCAAAGGUUUUGUUGUUAUGGUUUAGGAGUAAAUAUGGAUGUAAAUAUUGAAUAAUAAUAAUUAAUAUUUCACAUAAUGAUGUACAUGUGUAUGUACAUGUAUACAUAUAAAUAUACACAUACACAUACACAUACAUACAUACAUACAUACAUACAUACAUACAUA